AUGAUAUUGGAAAAAGCCGUUAAGCCUAACAUAGUAACUAACAAUGUUACCCCACAAUCUAAAAAUGAAACCAUUUUAAGUUCUAUACAAAAAGGCAAUAACAACACUUUAAAGAAGAAGAAAGCAAAACUGCCUUUAGAAAGAAAACCUAAACAAGAAUUUAUAACACAUCUCUUACCAGAGUCAUUCCCUAAACAAGUUAAAAAGCUUAGAGAACUUGUUAAAGAAAACGAAAAUAGAGUCAAAUUAAUUGGAGUAACAACCGACACUCAUUGGGAUGAGAUAGUAAAAACUACUAUCAUAACCCAAUCUAACAUAGUACAAAUAUUUGGAUUCA